AUGCAAGAGUUUUCAACUGGUGGCGCUAAUUUGCGUUUAACAAUACCGAAACGACAAUAUUCCUUACAACGAGAAGACUCUCUGAAAUGUAUGCAAACUCCUGUUUUCGAUAAGUCGAAAAUGGUGAAAAAAGAUGGGCCAAGUUCACCAAAAACCGUAUUAACAAUGGCUGGUCUAUUUGUUGUUGGAAUUACGCUCGUUUUAAGUGGAAUCAUCGUUUUGUGUCAAACCUAUUUAUCCAUGGGUUCAGCUAUGAUGCCAAUAAAAUUUAAGCAUACGGAAGGACCAUUUGUUAUAACGGGAAGUUUAUUCUUGGGAAUUGGAAUGGCGAUGAUAUUGGUUUGUGCUAUAUUACAACGAAAGAAUAUCGUUAAAUACAUAUUGGACUUGAAUCGCGAUUUAUAUUUCUUAAACAUGAGCGAUAGUUAUAUGUGGAAAAUGAUGUUUGAGGAAAGGCAUAAGUUGCCAAUUAUUGGACAAAGCAAUCAAUAG